ACCGUAGUUUAGGAAUAAUUUGCCUCUUCUGCACACACGCCGUGUUGACAUUUCUGAUCAAAUAAUCAGCCUGGGGCGGUUUCAAAAUGGUUCCAGAAGACGUCCAGUUCAUGGCUCUUCUGAAAGGAAAACGCAUCAAACUGACUCUGAAAAAUGCCUCAUACUUUGGCAUUGUUCAGGGAAUCAAUUCAAACAAGACAUUGGUUUUGGCUGACGUUAGUGACAGCAGUGGAUGCAGAUAUUCAGGAACUAUGCUUUUCUUUGGACGCGAGGUUCUGAAUGUUGAAUUGGAAAGCAAAGAAAAGGACGACAGACCAAUUAUGCAUGGCGCACCUGAAGAGCAGCUGGAUUUGGAGAGGUUCCAGUCAUACAGGAAGAUGAUGUCGUUAGAUGACCAUGAAGAGGAGUCCAUUAACUUUGAGCUCAUUGAUAAGAUCCAUGUCAAGUUUGGACCUGCUGUGAUGCACAUCAAUAAGGAGCAGGUGAUUGGUGUGGGAGGUGAAGGAGUUGAGAUCUUUAAAAAUGGAAGGUUGUGUUGGUUGCAGAUUGCCACCUCUAAGAAGGUUUAUUUGUUUGACAUCCUGCUGCUUGGAGCCCAGGCCUUUAAAAAUGGCCUCUCCAUGAUCCUUGAAAGUAAGCAGAUACUAAAGGUCAUUCAUGAUUGUAGAGCCAUUGCUGCGUGUCUUAUCGCUCAGUUCGGGGUCCAACUAACCAAUGUGUUUGACACACAGGUGGCGGAUGUCAUGUAUUUCUACUCGAAGACUGGAGUCAUAGAAGAAACUGAGAUGUGGUACAAGCGGCCUUGCCCCCUGCCCCUGCUGAAGGUGAUGGCGUUAUCUGUGAUCCAUCUGAAGCGGCUCAGACUGGUGCUGCUAGACAGGCUGAUGACCGACUACAUGGUCCUGGUGGACUCCUAUCUCAGCAGUAGCCUCGGUGAACCCGAUGGACUGGAAUAUGUCAUUAUGAAUAAUGUGUUGGAGUUGCCUAAGGAGCUCAGGCAGCUGGAUGAAAUGCGCAGUGAGCGGCAGGAGCGGGCUCGGAAACGCUACCCUGUCACAGAGCAAGGUCUGCUGGAUCGCUUCAACCCGUAUCCCGAUUCGGAAACCACACCAGCAGCAGAUGGGCACAGCAACACUCAGUCUCACUCCCUGGAGGUUGACGCUACACCAUGUCUGUCAUCAAAAAUGGUUCCUCCUGAUCCCCUGCAGGAUCCAAGUGUCUCCAGAGACCAUUCUCCAGAUGCCUCCUCUGAGCCUCAGAAAGAAAUAACUACAAAUACUCAUCUUCCUGCAACUUUAAACGAAGAAGUAAAGUGUAUGAUGGGGAGAGGAUGGCAGAUUGUGAAAGAGCAGUCAUCUACCCCAUUCCUCCCAUCCUUUGGGAGAGGUUUUCCCCUACAGAAGUCACACCCUCAGAUUCCUGGAGAGGGCGCUGGAGGCAUAAAAGCUCCAAUCUGGCAGGAGAAGAAUCUCUGCAUGAUGGCUCUGCAGUCACCAACAAAGUAAAGCUCCAGCCUGGCUGUGGAGAUGGAGAACUACCCAGAAAUUCUAGUGGUGUAGGAGAACCUCCUACUCACUAAUUCAACCAUUCACAAAUUUAAAUAUAUAUCCAUAUCCAAUAUAUCCAUCUCUGGUCUUAAAGUGCCAGCCUUUAAGACCAGAGAUGGAUAUAUUGGUUGUUUCCUUGUCUAUAACUGUUCUGACCAGUAGAUGGCAGUAAAAGUCCUUUUAUAAAAUUCUCCUCAGUUUUUGUAAAAGAUCAUUUUAAUAAAUAUCAUAUGAGCUUUAUGGCUGCUGGAAAGACAAACUGUUCCUUCCUGUUCUCUUUAAUUUUGUUUUCUAAUUUCUUUCCAUCUUAA